UGUUGUAUUCCAAACGGCAACGGGCUUCAAAUAAACUCGAUCGCCUGUGGCGGUGUGCGAAACCGAUCUCUGGUGCGGCGAAGGUGAUAUCAGGAUCUCACAAGGUUUAUCUGUUCCGCCUUUUGCCUUCUUUCGAUUUGUGAAAUUAAGUUUCAAUCAGUAAGGAUCUCGAUCUGUUGCACCCGCCGCUCGAUUGUGUCGUUUGAAGAUCUGAGCACAUUCUAGUUUGUUGUUUGCUAAAGAUAGAUGGCUGCUCAUAAAAUUGCACAUGCUACCCUCAAGGGUCCUAGUGUUGUCAAGGAGAUCUGCAUUGGCCUUACACUGGGAUUAUUCGCCGGUGGUCUGUGGAAGAUGUACCACUGGAAUGAGCAGAGGAGAACAAGAGCUUUUUAUGACAUGCUAGAGAAGGGUGAAAUUAGUGUUGUUGUUGCAGAAGAAUAAUCAUCCUAGUCUCAUUCCUUCAGAUAUAAAUGGAGACCUGCAUUCUCAUCCUGGAAGCUCAAGUACAUUUUCAGAUCAAAUUUGCAGCUUUUUACUGCUGGAUGCAAAAUAAGUUUGGAUGAUUGUUGAGACCUACUACAAUGCGGUAUGGACUAAAUCCUUUUUCCAUUUUAUCUUUGUGGUUCUGCCUAUCUUUGUUUGAUCUUAAAUAUGAAAUAAGUUAUCCACACUUUUAGGACAAGACUGUGUUCAUCUGCUAGUAAUUUUUCCUUGCCAUAAAAGAGAGAAAGGAGGUGGCAAUACCUUUUUUUAA